AUGAAUGCACCAGCUGCGGUGGUCGCUGAAGAUACCAAUUGUAUGACUGAAUGGUUACUGAUCGCCAACUCCAGUCGUCCAAGAGCCUUAUCCAUUCUCAGCACAUCAGCUGCCAUUCAAGCAAUGUUAGAUGAGGCAGUUGUCAAGCAACUGCGGCCAUUCACGUUAAGUAUUGUCUUGGGUUUCGCACCGCGGCUUGCAGCUGACCUUAAACACUGCAUCAGUCGAACGCCAUCAUGCCCCACAACAGACUUAACAAGUCAUCUACCUUGCUCCGUUGCUGGAGAAUGUGUGUUCAACGCAACACAACAGUCCUCGGUAUGUCUUUGUCAACCAGGUAUGACGGGAAGGAAGUGUGACGUAGAUAUUGAUGAAUGUAAUAUACCCGGCUUGAACAAUUGUGACAAACCAGGAGUAGCAAAAUGCCAUAACAGUUACGGAUCCUUUGCUUGCGAAUGUAACACAGGAUUUGGUGGACAUAGCGGAGUGUGUGAAGAUAUAAACGAAUGUGCCAAUAGCACGUACACCUGUCAUGGACUGGAUAAUCCUGGAAACAGAAAAUGUGUGAAUACUGAGGGGUCGUAUUACUGCCGAUGUCUGGAUGGAUUUACAGGUUCUACAUGCAUAGACAUUGAUGAAUGUCAAAAUGGCAAACACAACUGCAACGAAAUGGUCAAUAGUGACAACAGACAAUGCCAGAAUUUGAACGGCUCAUACCAUUGUCCCUGUCUUCCUGGAUAUGUUGGGUCGCAAUGUGACGCUCAGCUGAAGAGAAAAUAUACGAAAGCAGCCCACAUGAGCGUUCAAACUGCUGCUUUACAGAACACGGUGGGAGCACCUGGCAGUAACGCCCUAUCCCUGACAUGCAAUGAAGCCUAUGAAACAACGUCGUCGGCAGCUCGACAAGAUCCUUCUUUGUAUGAUACUAUACAGUAA